GUCAAUAAAAAAGUCAUUGCGACACCACGUAAAGGGAAAUCCUAAACAGUUUGUGUAAAACAGUUUGUAAAUCUCCAUUAAAUACUAAACUACUGUGUAAAAUCUAGUAAAAAUGGCUUCAAUACCACUAAUGUACGCUCAGGAAGAUUGUGAGUUAGGUGGGAAGGAAUCUAUCGAGGAAGAUUUCUCAUACCGCAACAAUGUGCUCAAUGCUGACAAAGAGAUCCGUCUGGGGUUUGUGCGUAAAGUCUAUGGUCUACUCUCUGUUCAACUGCUGGCUACCGUUGCAAUCGCUGGAACAUUCCAUCUUGUAGAGCCUGUCAAGCUCUUCAUACAUCAGAAUGACUGGAUGGUGAUAAUAGCGUUCAUACUGAGCAUGGUAACGCUAUUCGCACUCAUCGCCAAGAGGAAGGACUCGCCUGCUAACCUGUACCUACUGGCUGCUUUUACGGUGGUACAAGCUUACUCAGUGGGCGUGGUGGUCUCCUACUACAACACGGCCGUGGUGCUGCAAGCGCUGACGCUCACAUUCGCGGUCGUCUUCUCACUCACCGUGUUCACGCUCAAUACUAAAACCGACUUCUCUUUUGUUGGAUAUGGUCUAUUCGCCGGUCUCAGCGUCCUCAUCAUUGGUGGUCUUCUCCAAAUCUUCAUCCAGAGCUCAGCAUUCGAGGUGGCCCUUUCUUUCGUCGGCGCCAUCUUGUUCAGCCUGUUCCUCAUAUUUGACACGCAGAUGAUGAUGACCACGCUAUCUCCUGAGGAGUACAUCCUGGCCACCAUCAACCUCUAUCUCGACAUCAUCAACCUAUUCCUCUACAUACUCCGAAUCCUCAAUGAGCUGAACAGGAAUUAAAUUCCAGUAUUAGUGGCAUUUUUUUUUUUAUUUAUGUACUAGAGCAUUUUAUUGCACGUUAUAUUCUGGAUGGAAUGGCUGUGAAUAUGAAAUUUAUAUAUUUUACGCUACUUAAUUUGCAGUAUUGUUGAAUUGAGUUUUUUGGAUUCCAUUUUGCAGUCAGGGAUGGAUUUGUUCCGCCGAAAAAUGACAGUUGUUAUUGUUGUAACUGGUCAACAAAAAUGUUUGGUCAGACCUUUACUUUUGAAUCAAAAUUAGACAAAAAGGCAUCUUUACUGAAAUAUUUCGUAUUAUUAAUAUAAAAAGAGUAAUAUUAUAAAACAAAACACCAACAUCAUUGGUGAAAUUAAUACAGUUUAUUGAAUACAAAAUAUCCAGCUGCGUGAGUCUGUAGUGAUUUUAAAAUGGUCUAUGUGUUGUAAUAAUAACUUAUUUUGUUAACACGCGGCACUAUUCUUUGACAUUUUAUCGACAUUAAUGUGGAGCACAACUGUUGAAACAUGAAUUAUAUAAUUAUAAAUUGUUUAAUUAG